AUGCAAAACGGAAAAGAUAACAUGGAAUCAGUGCAAGAUAAAAGUGAAAUUAUAAUUGACGACUGUAAAGUUUCAGAUUGGGGAUACAGACAUAAACAAUGCAUUCUACUAUUUUUGGCUUUAACAAGUGCUUACAGCAUGAGGACAUGCAUGGGUAUGGCUCUAGUGGUCAUGACGGACAUAGAACCUAUCAAUACAUCUAAUACUUCUGCUUUAAAACGUAGUAUAAAUGACAGUAAUAUUUCAAUGCUUAAUUUAAAUACAAGCAAUUUAGAUUACGAGAUUAAUGACACCAAUGUUGGAGUUGUAAAUGAAACCAGCUUUUUACAUAGUCUACUUUUGAUACCUCCGUACCCAACCUUCAAAUGGAACAAGAAGAUCCAGGACACCGUGCAGUCCUCUUUCUUCUGGGGCUACAUGCUCACUCAGAUUCCCGCAGGCACCAUUGCCCAUCAUUUUGGCGCCAAAUAUUUGUUGACUGGAGCCAUGCUGAUCAACGGUGUUUUAUCCUUUUGUUUGCCAUGGGCAUCGUCUUAUGGAGGAUGGAUAUUAACUGGAAUUUUUAGAUUUGUGCAAGGACUGGCCCAAGCCUGUAUAAUACCAGGAAUGCACACUAUGUUUGGCAAAUGGGCGCCACUAGAAGAAAGAGGAAGAAUGACUGCUUUUGCAUAUAGUGGACAAGCUCUAGGAGCAGUAUUGGGAUUUCCUGUUGCGGGAUUUAUCUCUUCCAGUUUCCUGGGUUGGCCUGGGAUAUUCCGUUUCUAUGGUGUCCUUCUGACUCUAGUUGGAGGUUUUCUCUGGUGGCUAAGUGCAGACAGUCCAGCUCAGCAUAAAUACAUAUCCGCUGCGGAGAGAUAUUACAUUGAGUCCUCCUUGGGUCAAGUAGGUGAUGCGGGAAAGAAAAAGCAAGCUGUUCCAUGGGUAAAGAUUUUACGGUGUCGUGGUCUUUAUGCUAUUAUGCUAGCCCAUAUAGGUCAAACUUGGUGUCAAGUAACCCUAUUCGCGGAAGUCCCGGCUUAUAUGGACAAAGUUAUGGGAGUUAAUGUGAAAGCGAAUGGUUUGCUGUCUGCUCUUCCAUUUCUCAUAAUGUGGUUCGCCAGCUUCUUCUUUAGCUGGCUGUCUGACAUGCUUAUUGUUAGAAAAGUUUUUAGCGUUACUGUGGCCAGAAAACUUGCCAAUUCUACAGGAGCAAUACCAGCAUCAAUAUUUUUUAUAAUAUUGGCGCAUACAUCUAGGAACAUUUAUAUUGUAGAGACAUUGCUGUGUAUUAUAUGCGCUUUCAAAAUUGCUUGUUCAGUUGGUUUUCAAGUGAAUCACAUUGAUAUAUCUCCCAACUUUUCUGGCACUAUGAUGGGUAUGACAAACUUUAUGGCGAAUUGCUUCGGUUCAAUCGCACCUAUGGUUGCUGGCUUCAUUCUAACAGAUGUGACUGACGAAUAUCUAUGGCGAAAAGUGUUCUACCUGGCAGCGAUUAUUUACUUUUCAACAAAUGCUGCUUACGUCAUCAUGGGCACUGGAGAACUCGCAGACUGGAAUGAACCUGAGGAAGAAAAAGAUCUACCAGAAAUGGAAAGAAUGAUGAAGGACAAGGAAUUAGAAAAGAAAUAGAUUGUUCUAGAAAUUAUAGUUGUUAA